GCAGAAUCCAGAGCACUAAAUGAAGCACAAAAACACACAAACACAUUAAUGUUUAUCCAUAAAUAGAAUCAUAAACUUAAACAGUCAGAAACCACCAGCUCAGCACACCCUAUAAGAUGUCUGGUGAGAACACACCACUCCUUCGGGGGUCUCGUUCCUGUAGCACCUCAUCCAGUGCCAUUGGCUCCCUCCGGUUAAUUCUGUAUGUACCAUCAUCGCCACUCGCCGACUCCCAGCUAACAUUCCCGGGGGGACAGUAUGUGGCAGAGGAGCUAUGCAUCAUGGCAGCCAAAUCCUGUGGAAUCCUUCCUGUCUAUCACUCACUCUUUGCAUUGGCAUCUCAAGAUCUAAAGGUCUGGUAUCCUCCUAACCAUAUCUUCAAUGUGGACAAUGGCAUUACACAAAUCAUGGUUUAUAGAAUCAGGUACUUCUUUCCACACUGGAUUGGAUCAAGUGGACAGAAAUCUCUUCGCUGCAGUCUUAUGAAGAUGCCCCCUGACCCUCUACUCAGCUACCAGGUCAUUGACUAUCUCUUCUACCAGUGUCGUAACGAUUUCCUGAGUGGGGGAAUGCAGCUUCCUUUAACUAUGGAGGUGCAAGAGCAGUGCCUUGCGCUGGCAGUGCUGGAUAUGAUGCGACUUUCACAAGAGGGUAACCAAACCUUGGAUCAGGUCCUCAGCAGUGUCAGCUACAAGAGCUGCAUUCCACAGAGCAUGAGGCAAAGUAUUCAGCAACUGAGUUUCCUGUCCCGCAAGAGGCUGCGCAGGAGAGUUCAGGAAUCCUUGAGAAAGAUACGAGCAUGCACACGCAAUGUUCCCCUUAUCAAACUCAAGUAUUUAUCAGAUCUGGAGAACCUGAAGAAUGAAUUCGGAACUGAGACUUUCCUAGUGUGGAGUCCCCAAGGAGGUGGCAGAGAUCUGACACUCAGGGUUUCAGGAGGUGGUGGAAUAUCCUGGAGGGACACCAACAGCGAGCUCUGGCAGCCAUUUUGUGACUUCCAAGAUAUUGUAGAUAUCAGUAUAAAACAGGACAGCUGUGAAAGGACUCUGGCGGAAGGACGUGUGGUUACAGUCACCAAGCAAGACAACAAGGUUCUGGAGUCACAGUUCCCAGUCCUGCAAGAUGCUCUGUCCUUUGUGUCUUUGAUUGAUGGAUAUUACCGUCACACCACAGACUCUCAACAUUAUUUCUGCAAAGAGGUAGCCCCUCCUCGGCUACUGUGGAACCUGGAGAAUCAGUGCCAUGGGCCUAUCCACUCUGACUUUGCUGUGGACAAGCUGAAGAGAAGUGGUAAUGUGGGGGGCAGCUACGUUCUACGUUGUUCCCCCCAAGACUAUGAGAAGUUCAUGUUGAACGUAUGUGUGGAGACUCCACUUGGGAUGGACUACAAGAGCUGUCAGAUCCUGUGCGUGAAUGAUAUGUUCUCCCUUCUCAAUGUCUCACGUUCAUUCCCCAGUCUGAGGAGUCUUCUGGACCAUUACCAGCACUGUAGCCUUUGUCUAGGUGAUGUUCAUACAAAGCUCACCAUUUGCUGCCCUCCGAAACCCAAAGAGAAAUCAAACCUGCUGAUAGUGCGUGACAGCUGCCCUCAGAGAGCCUCAUCACCUUACAGACUGAGAAGGAACCUUCCUUCAAUGACCUUCCACAAGAUUGACCUCAAAAACAUCACAUGGCUGGAGAGUCAAGGAAAAGGUUCCUUCACAAAAAUAUUCCGUGGACUCAAGAGAGACCCAGAUGGAGAUGUUGAGCAUGAGGCAGAAGUCCUACUGAAGGUUCUGGAUGCCUCACAUGAGCAUUAUCAAGAGUCUUUCCUAGAGGCAGCAAGCAUCAUGACGCAACUCUCUCAUAAACACCAAGUGCUGCUGCAUGGAGUCUGCAUGGCUAAACAGGUCAUUAUGGUGCAGGAAUUUGUGUGCUUGGGUGCCCUUGAUCUCUAUCUGAAGCGCCAACAGCAGACUGGUUCAGUUGCUGGAAGCUGGAAGCUCGAGGUGGUCAAACAACUGGCAUAUGCUCUGUGCUACAUGGAAGAUAAGCAGCUGGUUCAUGGCAAUAUUUCAGCUAAGAAAAUCCUUCUGAGCCGAGCAGGGGAUACAAAUACUCCUCCAUUUAUAAAGCUGAGUGAUCCGGGUGUGAGCAUAAGAGUUCUGGAUAAAGAGAUGCUGGUAGAAAGGAUUCCCUGGAUUUCUCCUGAGUGUGUUUCUGACCCUAAUAAUCUGGCACUGGAGUCCGACCGUUGGGGUUUUGGGGUUACACUAUGGCAGAUCUUUAAUGGAGGCAGUGUACCUCUUAAUGCAGAGGAUCCAUCCACGAAGCUGAAGUUUUACGAGGACCAGCUGCAGCUCCAACCUCCUCCUUGGGCCGAGUUGGCUAAUCUGGUACAGCAAUGCAUGUCCUAUACACCGCUCCUGAGACCUUCUUUCCGUUCCAUCAUCCGAGAACUUAAUAAUCUCAUCACAUCUGAUUAUGAGCUCUUGGCAGACAGCAGAAGUCCACAGGGGAAAGAAGGGUCCAGUAUCGGUGCCUGUGGUUGGGAAUGUCAGGAUCCCAGUUUAUAUGAGGAGAGAUACCUCAAAUACAUAUCAGUACUGGGCAAGGGAAAUUUUGGAAGUGUGGAGCUGUGCCGCUAUGAUCCUCUAGGUGAUAACACUGGAGAGCUGGUUGCAGUGAAAAAGCUGCAGCACAGCACUGCUGAACAUGUUAGGGAUUUCCAGCGGGAAAGCCUUAUUCUACGUUCCUUACACAGUGACUACAUUGUUAGAUAUAAAGGUGUCUGCUACAGUGUAGGACAUCAAAGUUUCCAACUAAUUAUGGAAUAUCUUCCAAAUGGAAGCUUAAGAGAAUAUCUUCCUAAGAACCGUGAUGUAAUGGAGUCAUCUCAGCUCCUACUUUAUGCUUCCCAAAUCUGCAAGGGAAUGCUGUAUCUAGGCUCUCAGCGUUAUGUUCACCGUGACCUGGCUAGUCGUAAUAUUCUAGUAGAAAGCCGAAACCAUGUGAAGAUUGGAGAUUUUGGUUUGGCUAAAAUCCUACCUCAAGACAAGGAAUACUAUGUAGUUCGAGAGCGAGGGGAGAGUCCCAUCUUCUGGCAUGCCCCAGAGUCUCUCUCAGACAGCAUAUACUCCCGUGAGUCAGAUGUCUGGAGUUUUGGAGUCCUGUUAUAUGAACUUUUCACCUAUAGUGACAGGAGCUGCAGUCCACCCACUGAAUACCUGCGAAUGAUGGGACCUCAUAAUUCUCUGCAAACAGUCUGCAGCCUUGUAGAGAUAUUGCAGGAGGGGAAAAGACUGCCAUUACCACAGGGAUGUCCUGCAGAGGUGUACAAGUUGAUGUUGUCAUGUUGGUCCUCCAUUUCAUCUAAGCGCCCAUCCUUCAAGGAUCUGGAGACACAGGUUGAGCAGCUUAAAGAAACCUAUAACAACGUUGGGUACAUGGAAAAAAUUAACCCUGUCACUUCUUAGCAUCUGUUCACAGAAUGACAGAAUGAAAAACAAAGGAAGCGAUGUAUGAGACAGAAUAAAUAAGAAAGGGAGAUCACUUUAUCAUGUUA